AUGUCACUCAUUCCUCUUACUGUGUAUGACAACCUGCGUCGGGUAUGCUGCUCAAUGUUUGCAAGCAGUUCACAAACAGAUCACUCCGAAAUUGCUGACCGAAUGAUAGCAAAUGCGUCGUUGGCGGACGUGUUACGAUGGCGUUGCGUUUCUCGACCGUUCCGUAAAGCAGCAUUGCGUCGUCUUGCACGAUAUACGACAAUCCAUGUUCGUGUUUAUGACGGAUUGUCUAAGCUGCACGAAAAAGUCUCAUCAAUUGCGCAUGUUGACGAUCUAAGUUGGCAUCCGGCUGGCUGUUUAUUGUUGAGCGAAAUGAGCCUACAUGAACUUGGAAUCGCUCUGGAUUCGCGUCCAAAGUGGAGGGAUGUGAAGAUUUUGGUGGCGCUACUAAAUGUGUUUCGAGAGAACGCCAUUCAUAUUCAUAUGGAUAGUCCGAUAGUGGAACUUCUUGUAAAAGAGACACUUCUUUCCUCUGCCAUGCUCCAAGGACACGUCGCUUCCGUUUUGUUGAACACAUUGGUGAAUACAAAGAAAAUCAACGCUUUGUUGGUGUUCUUCAGCCAAAAUCGUAAAUGCGAUAAGGAUUUUACGUGUGAGGAGACAACAAUUGCACCAGUGAUGAGAAGCCAAUUUCCACUUGGCCCCAUGUUCCCUGCUUUGAAAACGUUCACUGUUAUAAGUAAUCCUCAACAACUCAAUCAUUUAUCACGACUCAUCCACUAUGCUGUUGCUGUGGAUAUGAUUUAUCAGAAAAAAGAGAUCGAUCUCGUCUGCUUACAGGUGGUUCUGGGCGAAAGCUGGUGUCGUUCGAAACAACGUCUCUUUCGACAUGUGAACUCUUUCAAGCAAUGGUCAGAUGCGAGUUCACUUGGGAUGCGUUAUCUCCAGCAAUUUCACGGAACAGAAAAAAGACGAGGCAAAGCGAAAUGCUGA